AUUGUUGUUAGUUUUAAAUGACGUGUCAAAUGCUAAACGUUUAGAAAUUCUGAUUUUAUGAGUAUUUCCGAUUGCUCUCUCUUUAGUCUUCUUCACCUUCGCAGAAGUUGCAAAAGUAGUAAGCAGAAUCGGGAAGCUACUGCGAGUCUGCUUCAGCAAAUUGUGAACAAGAUCAGUCUCUCUCAAUGAUAGUGAAACGAAUAGCACCCACUAAACCCAUCAUAAACCUCAUCUAUCAUCACCACCACCACCACCUUCAUCUAUUAAGCACCAACCGUACUCACACACCACAACCUUCCAAGCCCAUUACCACCAUUUUGCCACCUAACCCGGAUCACCUACUCCGAGUCUGCACCAUCCUCUACCAGCAACAAGACUCACCAGACCCAAGACUUCACUCCAAGCUCCACGCUUGCCAGUCACAAUUCGACCAAGACAACCACCUCACCCUUGAGUUCUUCCUCCAAGUCUGCAACAAGUUCCCUUACUCAUGGCGACCUGUCUACCGCUUCUUUCAAUACACAGAAGCCAAUUCACAUUCACAUUUCACUCACACCUCUGUCUCCUUCAACAAGUUGCUUGACGUGAUUGGCAAAUCACGCAACAUUGAGCUUUUCUGGGAGCUUCUCCAUGAGAUGGGACGACGUCGUCUUGUCAAUGAGAAGACUUUUAGGAUUGCUCUCAACACCUUGGCAGCAGCGAGGGAGUUGAAAAGGUGUGUGGAAUUUUUUCACUCUAUGAAUGCAUGUGGGUAUGAGUAUAGCUUGGAGACUUUGAAUAAGGUGGUUGAGACUUUGUGUGGGAACGGACUUGUUGAGGAGGCCAAGUUUGUUGUGUCCAAGUUGAAAGAAUGGAUAAAGCCAAGUGGGGUUACUUAUAAGUGUUUGAUACAGGGUUUUUGUGAUGUGGGUGAUUUGGUUGAGGCUUCAAAGGUUUGGAAUUUGAUGGUGGAUGAGGGGUUCCAGCCUGAUAUUGAUGCGGUUGAGAAAAUGAUGGAAUCCCUCUUCAAGAUUAAUAGGUAUGAUGAGGCAUUGAAGUUAUUUCAGAUGAUGAGGACAAAGAGAAUUGAUGAUUUGGGUCUUUCAACUUAUAGGCUUGUGAUUGAGUGGAUGUGCAAAAGGGGUAAGAUUGCACAAGCGUACAUGUUGUUUGAAGAAAUGCGUGAGAGAGGGGCUCAGGCUGAUAAUCUAACAUUGGGAUCGCUUAUAUAUGGGCUUUUGGCGAGAGGGAGAGUUAGAGAGGCUUAUAGGAUUGUGGAAGGGAUUGAGAAACCGGAUAUCAAUGUGUACCAUGGGUUGAUAAAAGGACUUUUGAAGUUAAGAAGGGCAAGUGAAGCAACACAAGUGUUUAGAGAGAUGAUAAAGAGAGGGUGUGAGCCGACAAUGCAUACCUACAUAAUGUUAUUGCAAGGGCAUUUAGGGAAGAGAGGGAGGAAGGGAACUGACCCACUUGUGAAUUUUGAAACUAUUUUUGUUGGUGGUUUGGUUAAGGCGGGAAAGUCUUUAGAAGCCACAAAGUAUGUGGAGAGGAGUUUAAGGAAAGGGCUUGAGGUUCCCAGAUUUGAUUACAAUAAGUUUUUGAAGUAUUAUUCAAAUGAGGAGGGUGUUGUUAUGUUUGAGGAUGUGGCAAAGAAAUUGAGAGAGGUAGGGUCAGUUGAUUUGGCAGAUAUAUUUGAGAGGUAUGGGCAGAGAAUGGCUACGAGAGACAGAAGAAGAAACAGAGCAGUGGAACUUUGAGAACUGAUUUAAUGAAGAAUUUGUAGAUAAUAAUUUGCUCCCAGGAGGUUAUAUGACAAACAAGAAAGGAAGUUGAUGGAUUGAAAAUUAAUUAAUCAGGAACAUUUCUCUCUCUGCUUCCAGGUCCCCAAAAUUUUCUCCCUUUGAUUGUACUAUUUUGAGGCGCAAAGGAUGUGAUCUUACAAAUAUAUUAAGUGUAAGAGAUGAUCACUGUAGUAGAAGAUUUGGUAAUCCCUAAUUGCUGAGCUAAAGCUUACUUAUAUUCUAUGCAUGCACACAUAUUGAUGACUUUUAAACUCAAAAUCAUUUACUUGGAGCAAAUUGCUAUUGCCUUCCUAGGAGCAUAAGGGUGUGCUUUGUACUGCUCCUGAGAUAUUAGAGUUGGUUGGUAGUGCAGUUGCAAGACCAUCUUGCAUAUUGAUGAGCAGGAUGGGGAGGAAAAAGUAAAGUCUGUUUCGCUGUCAAUUUUCAUCCAACUCAUGGCAAAUAGAUGAUAAUGGAAGUGAUAUCCAAUAUGAAAAAGUUGUCUGCAAAUGGAAGGUCAGGUGAGGCAACGGAUAAGGUGCUACUGCUGUUGCGGUUGGAAAAGCAAUAUCCAGCUGAUGUCGAUGUCAUAUCAGCAAUUUUUGUUUUAAAUAAAAAUUAUGUUAAGCUUAAUCUUGGUAAAGUAUAAUAUCUUGGGGCCGAUGAAUGGAUCGAAUGCUUGAUGACUUCAGACGUUGUAUGGCUGGCCUUACUCCCAAGCACUGUGAUUGCCAGACUUUUUGUUCCUUGCUCACAUUCAAACGGGUUAUGACUGGAUGUUCUGUUUGCUUUAUAGGAAAUACAUCUUUCCUUUGGCAAUCUUGUAGUCAAAGUUGUGGAGUUAAUUAAGCCAUAUCCACUAGUAAUUUGAGAUACGGACCCAAGUGGGGUUAUUCCAACCAAAAGUUUGGUUAUUUUGUACAGUAUGAAACUAAUUAAUGGCACUUAAUUGGUCCAACAGACCUGCCAAUGAAUAAACUUUCUCACAUUCAGUUACCUGGUUAGACAAUUUGAUGAAUGGUCAAAUUUAAUGGGUCUUAGUUCUA